AUGCAGUCGGAGGAUGAUCAGUUCUCAAAGCAGAAUGGCACGGCAUUGGAGCUUGUGGAGGAGUGGGAGAGUAGACACGGGCGGAUUGCGGAAUGGCGAAGGCUAAACACGGAACGGUACGGCUAUCGCGCUGCAUACCACGAGGCGGUCACGGAAAAGGAUGAUGUGCCUCCAGAGUAUCUGCGCAAGCUGAUGAAAGAUAAUGGUGAUCUUAGCGGGAAAAGCUUCGGUACAGAGCGCAAGUUGUGUGUUGCGUUGUUGAAGUACAUGCCAUUGGCGCUCUACAAGUUGCUUGAGAAUAUGCCGAUGCCCUGGGAAGAGACACGAUAUGUCAAUGUUGUUUACCACAUGGGAGGUGUGCUGACGCUUGUUGAUGAUACACCGACGGUAGCGGAACAGCUUUAUCUGGCUCAGUGGGGUUCUAUGUGGACAAGGAUGCGUUCUCACAAGGUGGAACUGCAGCAGGAGGGAGGAGCGUUUCGUCGCAUGAUUCAUAAAGGCAAUGAAAACGAACCACCCAUAGAGUAUGGGGAUUACAUCAUGGACCGUGAGCCCCCAGAAGCCGUGCAUGAUGAGCUUGAUGAAGAGGAUUCUGCUGCCAUUAUUGAUUGGUUCUAUGAUCCCUUUCCCCGUUUGGUGCACCCAAACCAAAUUCGUGGACCACGUCGACCCAAUGGAUAUUAUUUUUCUAUUAAUGUUGUUGAGUGUCUCUUUCGUAGUGCCUCUCCAAUUCUACCGACUUUGGAUGAUCGCAACUACUACUAUCUCUGGGACCUGAAGUCUUUUUACACGGCGAAAGCAAUGCAUCUGGCGAUUCCACGUGCGCCCAAGUUUGAAUCACCUCCUGCGGUGUGUGAAGAGGAUGAGGAUUGGACGGAAUUUAAUGAUCUUCGGCGGAUAAUUCACCGCGACGAUCCGCGCAGGCCUCGAUUCACGAUGCUAACUGAACGGCAGAUUGCAUUUCCUUUUUUGUACGGCAGUGUAGUGGAGGCAGUGACGGUGGCGCCAUAUCAUUAUCCCGCCGAGAUUCGUGUGGAAAACGAAGACCCUGCGCUUCCUUGUUUCUCGUGGAACCCCUCCAUCAACCCUAUAAAGGCUCUUAAACGGAAUCAUGCCGAAGUAACGGUGACGACUACGGAUGUGUUGUGCUCUGUGGCGCUGCAGCACGUGCAGGAUGGGGAGGAAUUGGUGAAAACGGAAGAGGGAAUAUGUAGGGUGCAGCUUCCUGCGAAUUUUGCUCCUUUUCUGGAAGAUCUUUCUCUGGAGGAUGCGGACACCAAACAAGCCAUGAUGUUAGCAUUCGCACCUGCGCCCUACAACAGGUUUGAAGGGGAAAUGAAGCGUCGUGUAGACAUUCCUGUUGCGGAGCAUUGGUGCCGGGAUCCUCCCACUUUGGUCACAGGCGACACACGCGAUAAAACUCUUCGAAGUUAUACACAACUUCUGAAGCAUCAUGUCGCAAAGAAUCUUCGACGAAACCGGCUCCAGGCGCGGAAACGACAUAGGGAAAAUACGGAGGAAGUAUUACAACCUUCCCGUAGAUUAGAUGAGCUUGGUAGACUGAAGUUUUUCCAGAAAACGAAGGUUGACUGGAUGGAAGCUGCUCUUCAAGUUAUGCGACAGGGACACAACAUGUUGGUACAACUGAUCAAUGUAAAGUGCCUACCGUAUGUUCACAUUGAUUACAACUUUGAAGCCAAACCCACUCGUACAUUGACAACAAAGGAGAUAAAGAAGAGCCGCCUUGGCCCAGCGUUUCAUUUGAUUCGUGAGCUUUUGGGGUUUAUGAAGCAACUCAUCGACAUGCACGCUAUGUAUAGGCUUGGUAAAACAGAUGCCUUUCAACUAGCAGACGCAACGCAUUACCUCUUUUCACACCUUGGGCGCUUGACCGGCGUGUAUCGGUACAAAUUACGGGCCAUGCGACAAAUCAAACGAACCCGAGACUUAAAGCAUGUUCUUUACAGCAAAUUUAAUGUGGGAGAGGUGCUGAGGGGUCCGGGAUGUGGCUUUUGGGCUCCGGCGUGGCGUGUAUGGGUGUUUUUCCUGCGUGGGAUGACGCCAUUGCUGCAGCGCUAUUUAGGCAACCUGACGGAUCGUGUCCUUCGUGGGCGUGAGUCUAAAGGCAAAUAUGACGGAAAGCGCAUAACACGACAACGGGUGGAAACGGAUAAGGACGUAAAUAUAAAGGAGGCGUUUAGACGUGAGCUUCGUGAGAUGCUUCCUGAAGAUGUGCGUGCGGAUGUUAUUCGGACGAUGGAUCAACAUAUGAACGAGGCAUUUCGUCACUGGCGAGCUGGUCUCCAAUGGUCCGUGCCAGGUCUGGCUAGGCCUUUGACGGAGCUGGUCAACAAGUACGUCAAGCUUCGUGCGGAGGAGUAUAUUCGCGUUACACAAUACCAGAGGAAACGCAUCAAUGAGGGUGAUACUGUAGACAAACAGGCUUUUAUGAAGAAUCUCGGUCGUUUAACGCGUCUAAAGCUCAUGGAGGAGCAAGAACGCCAACGGGCAUAUCUGGAGGGAAGAGAUGCACUUGUGAUAUCACCCCAAGAGGCGAAGGAGAUUUACCGCAUGAUGGCAAACUGGCUUACGGAUCGCGGAUUUAAAAAAAUUGAAUUUCCUAAAGUAUCAAGACCCGCCGAACUGCGACUACUGGAGCUUUCAUUAAAUCGUCUCCGUGAUCAGCAUAACAUUGCGAAUCGACUUACUCAGGCUCAACGUGAGGAACAAGCACGCAUUGAGGAAGCCUUUAAUUCUCCUCAUGAAACUCUUUCAAAGAUCAUUGAUUGCCUGGCACGUGUGCGUCGUUUCAAGAACGUUGAGGUGGAGUACAUGGAUACCUUUUCAACACUCUAUCCUAUAUACAAUGUGGUGCCAUCUGAAAAGCUUGUCGACUCCUUUUUGGAUCAGUAUCUUUGGUAUGAAGCCAUGGAUCAACAGCGUUUGUUUCCCAAUUGGGUGAAACCCUCUGACAUGGAACCUGUACCUGUUCUCUUGUACAAGUGGUGUCAAGGUAUAAAUGACAGUCCUAGUCUUUGGGAUGUUACACGGGAUGAAUCGACAGUCUUGUUGCAUGCCAACUUAGAAGAUAGCUUCUAUGAUAAUGUGGACUGGAAUUUAUUUCGUCCUCUCUUGGAAAUGGUGAUGGAUAAAACACUGGUGGAGUACAUCGUUAGCCGGCAUGACGUUGUCGUGGAAUUUAAAGACAUGAGUUAUCAAUGUCGGAAAGGAUUAUUGCGUGGGUUUAUGUUCUCUUCUUUCUUGUCGCAGUAUUGGGGUCUCGUUGUAGACGUCCUAUUACUUGGGACGCAGCGAAGCCAAGAAAUUGCAGGACCUGCCAGGCGACCAAACCCAUUUAUGACCUUUAUGCGAGAUCCAUUGCUUGCCACAUCGCAUCCCAUUCGUGGAUAUUGCCGGUAUAAGAAUGAGGUAUAUGUUCUUCUCAAGUACACAAAAAUAGAGGCGGACGAUGUGCGUCGGCGUUAUUUGGAUGAAACGAAACAUGAUCCUGGUCGACGCUCCUUAAAUGCCUCUGUGUAUGGAUUUAAAAAUGCCAAUCAGUGGCCAAGAGAUGCAAGGAUGCGUUUAUUUCUUAAUGAUGUGAAUCUUGCUCGUGCAGUUUUAUGGGAAUUCCGUGGACGUCUUCCGCCCAGCAUAGCUGAGAUGAAUGAAUCCAACACAUUUGUGAGCGUGUACUCCAAAGAUAAUCCCAACCUGCUAUUUGACAUGGGCGGGUUUUCCGUACGAAUCCUACCAGUGUGUCGCACAGAAGAAGAGGUGUUGGAGAAUGAAUCGACAUGGAAUCUGCAGCACGCCAAGAGCAAAGAUGUCACCGCACGGGCCUUUCUUCAAGUUGCUCCCGAUCAUGUUAACCACAUACGAAACAAGGCUCGCCGUGCUAUCAUGAUGGUGGGCAGUUCCACAUUUCAGAGUAUUGCGGCUAAAUGGAAUGCACUUGUUACUGAGAUUGUGCCAUAUUACCGAGAGGCGAUAUUAGGGACAGACAGCCUUCAGAAGGUGCUUGCCAGAGCAGAACAUCGAAUGCAGUCCCGUGUGAUGAUGGCAUUGAAUUCAAGGUCAAAGGCUCGAUUUCCUCCGGCAAUGUUUUACGCGCCAACAGAUCUGGGUGGACUUGGAAUGCUCUCAGUGGGUCAUUCUCUUAUUCCCGCCCGUGAUCUUAUCUACUCCAGGACAACCAGCACAGGUGUGCAAUUUUUUUAUUCUGGCCUUACAAAUGCCGAUGACAUUCCCAUCCCUAAUGUGCUGCAAUACUAUACGCCAUGGGAGACAGAGGUUCGGGAAAGCGUUAAAGCAUGGACAGAAUUCAGCGUGCGCGAUAGGGAGGCUAAGGCGGCUGGCACACGGCUCUCUCUUGACGAUAUUGAGCCCAUCAUCAACAAGGGUAUCCCGCGAAUUCGGGUUCUUUUUUCUCGUCAUGCCAAACUUUUCCAGUUUGAUAAGGGGUUCCGUUGUCGUAUGGAAUUUCAGCGUUUCCUUUCUGGUAAGUACCUAAAGAACUGGUGGUUUCACCCCGAGCACGAUGGCAAUAUAUGUGGUGGUGUAUUAGAGAGAUAUCGUGUGGACAUAAUCAUUGCGCUGGGCGGCGUGGAGGCCAUUUUGGAGCACAGCCUGUUUAAAGGGACCGGUUUUCCGUCGUGGGAGGGCAUCGAGUUUAAUCGCUCUGGUGGCUUUGAGAACUCCAAGAAGGACAGUAAAUUGGCUAAGCAGCAACGUGCAGGUCUCGCCAAUGUACCCAACCGACGCUUUGCGCUCUGGUGGUGCCCAACUAUCAAUCGUGCCGAUGUACAGGCAGGAUUUGAGUCCAAAAUUGACACCACAGGCGUGUUUAUGUGCGGUAAGCUUGAAACGAUUAAAAAAUCGCUGAUAAAAAUUUUUAGUGGUUCACUCUGGGAAAAGUGCCAUGGGGCUGUCGUUAACGACAUUGCCAGCAAAAUGAAAGAUGCCAUGGCAGAUUUGGAUGCCGCCUCUGUGACGUUGCAACAGCAACACCCGCAAAAAUCCUACACCUACACAAGUUCUGCGCCAGAUGUUGUUAUGGUUUCUAAUUCACGUUGGCCUGUGACGGCCAAACCGACAGUACUCUCAGAUGAAGCUGGUGAUGAGUAUCGUUCUCAUUUAACGAGCAAAUUUUGGAUUGAUGUCCAAUUGCGUUGGGGCAAUUAUGACAGUCACAAUAUUGCAGAAUAUACGAGGAAGAAGUUCUAUGAGUAUUCAUCGGCCAAAAUGUAUCCAUUUCCUGCUGGGAUUGUAGUAGGGGUUGAUUUGGCGUACAAUUGUCAUUCAGCCUUUGGGUAUUGGAUCCCCCAGCUAAAACCAUUGAUGGUGAAACUCAUGUCGGCCAUUAUGCGACACAACAUUGCUCUUAAUACCUUGCGUGACAGAAUGAAGCGGGAAUUGCAGCUUUUCAGUUCUGCCCCGACGGAAGCAGGGUUGUCCGUGACGAAUAUUGCAGAGCUUUUUUCAGAGGGAAUGCGGACAUGGAUCGUGGAUGACAGUGCCACCUACGUUACAAGUGAACAGCCAACAGCAGAGGGAGGAAGGAAGUUUCGCUCAGAGAAUGGAGCUGUGUUGCUGUUUGAGCCCACAACAGGCCAAUUAAAGCUCAGUAUUGUACACAAAAGCGUUUUUGCCGGACAAAAGCGACGAACAAAACUUGCUCGUGAAAAGGCUGCGGAGGAAAUUGCUUCGUGGCUUCGAAGCACACCCGCAACUCAACGACCGGGUAAGAUUAUAGUAACCCGCUCACGCUUCCGUCAAACCCUACAUAACAUGCUUGUAUUAGAUUACCCGAACAUUAUUAUUGGUCAGAGCGACCUGAACCUUUCUAUCCCCAUGGUGUUACGUCACAGUCGUCUGGUGGAUUUGCGUAUCUCUGCCACGGAAAGCAAGGGAUGGGAGUUCUGCUUGUAUGAUGAUUGGCUGCAACAGUUUCAACCAGCGACAUGCUUCAACCUUCUCAACCUCAUUCUUCGUGGGUAUCAUGUCAAUCUUAACCGGACUCGGGAAACAUUGGUGCCGGAUUUACAUGUGGAGGUGCAUCAUUCGCACUUUUGGCCCACGUAUACCCGUGAGGAGUGGGAAAGGGUGUCAAUACGUCUACAGGAGAUGAUUAUUGCAGACUCUGCAAGACGCAUGAAUGUCAGUCCGAAUCAAUUCACUGAGAUGGAAAAAAAGGAUAUUCUCUUGGGGAAGAAGAUGACAACAAUUGAGAUACAGGAAGAAGAAAAAAAAGAACUUGAGGAGAUGAGGCGGACCAAAUUAAUACAAGAGCAGACGGUAAAUGUGACAGUGAAAUCGGGCGAAAAAAUCCAAAAGAAGAUCAAGGCAGCUUUUGAUUUUGGGAACUCCACGACGUCCAGCAAUUGGCGGACUCGAUCUCUUGCUGACGCAGCAGCAUUUGACGAAUCCACAACCAUAGAGAUUGAUGCCUUGGGUGCUGUGGCCAGUAGUGAUCAGCUCAUCAUCCCAAUGGAAACUUUGAAAUUAUUUAUUCCGUGCUGUGAUGUGCAGGCGCAGUGCUGCGCAUAUCUUUUUGGCCAAACCCUCCCUGAAGCACCGAAUAUUAAAGAGGUGCUGUGCAUUAUGGUGCCACCCCAAAAAGGUUCUGCGGUGGAAUGUACGACACCAGUGCACAUUCCGCAUAAGCACCCGGCUCUUGUGGAAAAUCAUCUUUCUCUUCUUGGUGUUCUCCGGUGCGGUGGUGGGGAACCCGCUCUCCACUCAAGAGAUUUGGCGCUUCACGGUCGGCUUUUGGCAUCCAACGACGAGCUCCAGACGGAAGGGCUUGUGACAGCUGUUAUGGGUAUUUCCCAAGACGGCCUUAAUAUGCGCUGCUACACCACCACAAGGGAAGGAAUCUCAUGGGCCUUGGAGAACUACGCGAAGGCGCUAGAGCGGGAACCAACGGAAGUUGCACCAAAACACUUCGCGCCGUGCCGAGCCACACUCUCUGAAGAUCUUCAAGGCUUUUUACUUGUGCCUACUGGAGGAGAUUGGAACUAUGCCUUUAAAGGGGCUACAUGGCGUGAAUCCACGGAGUUUGAUGUUAGUGCGGAUAUCCCAGUCUUUUUUUUUGCCGCUCAGCAUCGCCCGGACCACUUUUUAAAUUUUGCUCGUCUCUCCGAGGAAGAAGAAACGAUUGAUAUGGCGGACAUGGAUGAUACCAUGGCCUAG